GUUUGUUGACAGACGUCAUUUGGAAAACAAAAUUGUGCGAAUCGUUUCAAAGUGCUACCGGACCGGCGAGUUUACAAAGCAAAUAAGUCUGCUAUUACUUCGAAUUGUGUGUGAAUAUUACAAAUAUCAGUGAAAAAUGGCUUUCUAUCCUCUUUACAUGGAAUACGAGCGUCCGCGACGACCUCGGCAACUGACAGAUCAACACUUCGGACUUGGGCUGACUCCUCAAGACUACCUGACCAUCAUUGCAAUGCCGCAGAACAAGGAAUACUACAGACCAUGGCGAAAUCUCCAGGCAGCGGCUCGUGACGUCGGCUCAAGUAUCAAGGAAGAAAAGGACAAGUUUCAAGUUAAUUUAGACGUUCAACACUUCGCACCCGAAGAGAUCUCAGUCAAGACUGUCGACGGUUACCUAGUCGUUGAAGCUAAGCACGAAGAAAGGCAGGACGAGCAUGGAUAUAUUUCGAGAAGUUUCUGUAGAAAAUAUGCUCUUCCUGAAGGCAUUGAGGCUGAUGCCGUGAUCUCUAAGUUGUCUUCAGACGGUGUAUUGUCUAUCACUGCGCCGUUGAAGGCGCCUCCUAAAGCUUCAAACGAGAGAAUCGUUCCUAUAGUCCAGACGGGACCUGUGAAGAAGCAAAUCGAAGGGACAGAAGAGCAGGGAUAAAUUAGUUUAGAAAAUUAGGACUUAUUUAAAUUUUGGUUGUACAUUCCUAUUUUGUGCCAGUGUUGUGAUGAAUUGAAUAAAUGUUUUGUGUUAUAUCUACUUUA